GCGAUGAACGUUGCACCGGUGUACAGCAACCCUUGACAGAAGCACAUAGGAUGCAUCAUAGCUACUAUUUUACUCUGGAAACCAACUUCACUAUCUUAUUUUGGUGCUGAUUUGUUUAAAACAAAAAAAAUAAUAAUAGAAUUGGGAGUUUGGAAGAGUCGAUAGGAUAUAUAUUCUCUACAUUUUGCCUGGUCCCGUUGUUGAGCGGAUCCUAGCCUACGGCAAGACAAGCCAACAGACAACGUUGUUGUCUGAUGAACGCGCCCUUGUCUUGAACCUGGGGCCUCUUUGAAACUGUCACGCGGAUCAACGCCUUGUGGAUGGGAUGCUUUUCACGAUUGAGCCACCCUGGAACUGAAGACGUGUUAUUGUUUCUGGGGACUGCAAUGAGUGUGACACGGAUCUACCUUGAAGACUUCCCAAAGAGAGAGAUCUGUCCUUCUGGGAUCCUGACUGACUGACUGUGUGUGUGUGUCUGUGUGACAGACUGAGUAUCUGAGGUGUGUGACCUCAACCAGCAACCAUGCCCAUCCUAAAGCAGCUGGUAUCUGGUUCGUCCCAGACCAAACAGCGCCGCUCCCGGAUGGACCUGACCCGGGAGAUGAUCAGCGCUCCCCUGGGGGACUUCCGCCACACCAUGCACGUGGGUCGCAGCGGGGACGCCUUUGGGGACACCUCUUUCCUCUCCACCCACUCCGGGGAGGCCCCCCACCAGGCCGAACCCCAGGCCCAUCCCCACUCCCCCCGCCCAGGGCUUUUAUCCAGAACCUUCCGCAGCAGCAAACGCUCCCAGUCCGUCACCAGAGUGGACCAGAGAGACUGCUCGCUAGCGCCACCCGGUGGCUCGCCCACCUUCGUGAAGAACGCCAUGUCUCUCCCCUUCCUCAAUGAUGAAAACGGUGACCAUGUUGAUGGAGGACACAGGGUGCCGAAGAGCCUCUCGUCCAGCCCACUGAAACAACUGAAUGAGCAGGAUGGAGGUGGAGGUACCAGGCCGUCUAAUGGGGCCGCUGCUGGGGCCCGAUCUCUGGAGCUGGAUGAGAGGAGCUUUGGGGAGCUGACUGACCUGCCAAGCCCCAGCCGCGGGUACUACGGAGGAGGGAUGAAGCACGCUGUGUCGGUCAUGUCGUUCCACAUCGACCUGGGGCCCUCCAUGUUGGGGGACAUCCUGGGGGUGAUGGAGAAGGAGGAUGAUGAUCUGGGAUACGAGGAGGGGAAGAGCAGUGAGGGACGGGCCUCUCCUACACUACUCCUGGGGAGGGAGGUGGGAGGAGAGGAGGAGGGAGAAGAAGAGGAACCGGAAGCUGAGCUACUGCAGCCGCAGGAGGAGGCGGUCCCUGUACCUGUGAGUCCAACCAGCUCUGUAGAACCUGAGGUGGGAGAGGACGAGGGUGCACCCUACACCCCAGAGUACACCCCAGAGCCCCGCCCUAAACACCUGCAGCACCGAUUAGAUACCUGUUCUGUGUCCAGCUCCACCUCUGGCUCCGCCCACGUGGAGCAGGAGAAACCAGCCGGACAGCUCCACGGGGGAGAUACGAACAGCGCCACUUUCAGCGCACCACCUGAGGAAGAGGAGCUGGGAAAGUUUUCUUCCUUCUUGGAGGACGAGGAUGAUGAGAUCCGUGUAUGAAACGAGACGUACAAGCUCAAACCAUAUAUGGAGCGGAUGAGUGUGGAUUAAUACAGAUGGAUAGAUUCUAUACUGAGUGGAUAUGGAUGAGUACAGAUGGAUAGAUUCUAUACUGAGUGGAUAUGGAUGAGUACAGAUGGAUAGAUUCUAUACUGAGUGGAUAUGGAUGAGUACAGAUGGAUAUGGAUGAGUACAGAUGGAUUGACUCUAUACUGAAUGGAUAUGGAUGAGUACAGAUGGAUAGAUUCAGUACUGUAUAAAGUCAACUCUAUAAAGCCCCACAUCACAACAGAGACGUAUAGACUGGAUGGCUUACAUGGGGCUGUGGACGACGUGUUGAGUUGAUACAGGAAUGAAUGAAUUACUACUGUGGAUGAAACUACUCUAUAAAGGCCCAUAUUAUGACAGAGAUGUACAGUCUAUACUGGGUGGAUAUGGAUCACAGUGCAGUAGCAGUACCUCCUCUGGUAGUGUGGAUGAUGUGUUGAUACAACAACAAACUAAUAUUGUGGAUGAAACUGUACUCUGUCUAGUCUGGAUAGAAGGGUUGUAGUACAGCACCUCCUCUGUCUAGUCUGGAUAGAAGGGUUGUAGUACAGCACCUCCUCUGUCUAGUCUGGAUAGAAGGGUUGUAGUACAGCAGCACCUCUGUCUAGUCUGGAUAGAAUGGUUGUAGUACAGCACCUCCUCUGUCUAGUCUGGAUAGAAGGGUUGUAGUACAGCACCUCCUCUGUCUAGUCUGGAUAGAAGGGUUGUAGUACAGCACCUCCUCUGUCUAGUCUGGAUAGAAGGGUUGUAGUACAGCACCUCCUCUGUCUAGUCUGGAUAGAAGGGUUGUAGUACAGCACCUCCUCUGUCUAGUCUGGAUAGAAGGGUUGUAGUACAGCAGCACCUCUGUCUAGUCUGGAUAGAAUGGUUGUAGUACAGCACCUCCUCUGUCUAGUCUGGAUAGAAGGGUUGUAGUACAGCACCUCCUCUGUCUAGUCUGGAUAGAAGGGUUGUAGUACAGCACCUCCUCUGUCUAGUCUGGAUAGAAGGGUUGUAGUACAGCACCUCCUCUGUCUAGUCUGGAUAGAAGGGUUGUAGUACAGCACUUCCUCUGGUAGUGUGGAUGACGUUUUGAAUUAAAUAGAAGAAGAAACUGCUCCCUCUGUCCUUCCUGUGAGAAUACAAACAUCUGGACUUAGUCAUGUGGACUGGGAUCUGUGGACUGGGAUCUGUGGACUGGGAUCUGUAGACAUGGGAUCUGUGGACUGGGAUCUGUAGACAUGGGAUCUGUAGACAUGGGAUCUGUAGACAUGGGAUCUGUAGACAUGGGAUCUGUGAACUGGGAUCCUGCUUCAGGGAGAAAGGGGAAGACAGUCUGUAGGACACUGGCUCCUUCUGGAUGAAUAGAAACUCCAUCUGUUACAUACAGAACAGCUUGCUAACUUCUCCCUCACACACACACCACAUUACAGCUACUCUCUGUCUGUCUGUACACUGAGAGAACUCACAUGGAAGAGCAGUCCAAGUGUGUGAACUCGUGAAUUUAGGAGAGACCCUUAAGAAAAGAACAUGUUGAUAAACAUGACUUUAUUAAGCCUCUAUCCAGUGCUAUUCAUUCCCUUUACUUGUGUCAUAAUAUUAAUAAGGGCUUUUCUUCCUUGAUAAUCUGUGCCAUUUCUUAUGAUGUAGCUCCUCUCUUGUUCUGUGCUCCUCUCUGCCUGGUAAGUGGAACUGUGUUGGUGUAAUCAAGUAGUCUGGCCGGAACAGAGAGCUACUGUUACCGCGGUGAUGGGGACCUGGCUGCCUGUCUGUCACAAUAAAAGGCUUGUGUUGUGUGUAUCA